AUGAGUCGUGCCAGGGUUGAGGUCAAGUAGUAGUUCCUGCUGAACAGGCGCUUAUAAAAGCUGCAACUUGUGGGAGGGGCUUAGCAGUGCCUGCUGGGAAGAUGGCGGCGGAGAGGAUGCUGCUGUGGCUGGUGGCUGUUCUGCAGGCGCUGGCCUCUUAUGGUGCAGAGCUCUCUUCAGAAGCAUGCCGAGAUCUUGGCUUCUCCAGCAAUUUAUUGUGCAGUUCCUGUGACUUGCUGGGACAGUUUGGUCUAAAUGAGGUCAACUCAUUCUGCAGGCAGUGCUGCCAGGAAGAAGUACACCUAGAGUCUAAAAAGAGAUAUCCAGGUGCUGUACUUGAAGUCUGUGGAUGAAAAUUGGGACGGUUUCCGCAAGUCCAGGCUUUUGUCAGGAGCGAGAAACCGAAACUUUUUAAGGGUCUGCAGAUUAAGUAUGUACGUGGCUCCGAUCCUGUUCUAAAGCUUCUGGAUGACAACGGGAACAUAUCUGAAGAACUGAGCAUUCUGAAAUGGAAUACCGAUAGUGUGGAAGAAUUUUUAAGUGAAAAACUAGACCGAGUAUAAUUUUUUAGGUCUUAAGUUUAAAAAGUUUCAUCUACAAUUUCAACUUUUGUGCUCACAAAAUUUAGCAUCAUUUUGUUUUGCAAUUCUAAUAUUAACUGGCGACGUUCUAUUUUUAAAUGAUUAAGACUCUGCCAGUUAAGAUUUACAAUUGCAGCUGUCUAUGUAUUGGAAGUUUGCUAGUGAUUAGUAGGAUACGACUCUUUCCUCUGGAAGCCUUCUUGCAUAAUUCUUAUUAUAUCAAAUAACAUUUUUAAGUAGCCAAAAUAUGUAGCGUUAAUGUGCUGAGAAACGGACACCCCCCACUCUACUCUGUAGCGCUACUUGGUAGGUGAUAGUUGUAAGAUGAGCCUCCAUACGCUUUUCCAGCCAACUAUCACAUAACCAUCACUUGCAUGAGUGCAUAUCCGGGGCUUUCAGGAUCUAUUACAGGCACUUUAACACCACUUUUUUUGGCUUUAUAAAUAUGGGUAUUAAAAGCACAAGAUAAAGAACCACAUGACAUCAUCCAAGACUGUUUAUUAAAGGAGAAUUCAACCCAUAGUUUAAAAAACCCUCCCCCCCCCCCGGGUAGACCACCCCUACCUCCUCCCUGGCCUCUGAGUUCAUAACAGCCAUCUUCUUCUCCGGUAACCAUCGCGUAUUGACGCCAUUUUCGGUGCAUGCACAGUUGGAGUAAAUUUCCAACCCCGAACCACUGCAUAUGCGCCGAAAGUCACGAAAAUUUUGAAAAAACUUUCUGAAAUUUUUGUGACUUUCGGCGCAUGCUCAGUGGUUCGGGACCGGAAAUUCACUCCAGCUGCGCAUGCGCCGAAACUUCCAAAAAAGACCGAAGAAAGAAGAUGGCUCCCGUGGCCAGAAUCUGCACGGAGGGGUGAGUAAAAAAUGAGGGGCAUUUGCCUGGGGGGAGGAGGGAGUGGGGUCUAACCAGGGGGAGGGUUUUUUUUUUUUAUUACGGGUUGAAUUCUCCUUUAAAGAGACCACAUACAGCCCUUUUUCAACUUUGGUUCAAAGCCUUUUUUUAAUAGGGAUUUUUUUUUCUGCCGCUGAAUAGGCAAAAAUCUAAAAUAGAAAGUCUCAUUCCACUUCUUGGUUUACAACCUCCCUUUCCGCAUUAGAAGCCUGAUAAUAGGCUUUUGAUAAAGAGAAGCUCAUUAUACAGCAAAUUCUUAGUAGACUAAACAGUUUUCUCACUUCAUACUUUAGAUAUAGUAAAUAGAUUCCAGCAUACUUCUGCUUUGGAUAUUAAAAUACCCUUUAUAAAGAAUUCUAAAGGAAUGUUAUAAAUGUUAAGCUGAGAAAAAUAGAAUGCAAAGUGCACAACUAGCAGAUUUUCCAAGAUCAUCGUCUGCAAACUGUAAUGAAACUUUUUGACCUGUUUACCUAUUUCUAUGAUUGGACAAAUUUAGGAUAAAGUUGCCAAAGCUAGUCUGAGCUUGCACCAUUAUCAUUUUUUUUCCUUUUUUUUGUAUCGUGCUUUUCAACGAUGAGAGGAAGUCAUUGUAUUUGCACCAUGACAUAAACACAGGGUGGGAUACAGUAACAGUUAUUCCAGCACAGCUCUCUUUCUAAACACACUUGUCUUGUUACAAUUAUACAAGCCUUAAAGCUGGAUAAUAUUUAGUGUUAAAGGGGAAGCAAACGUAUCAGAUUUUUGCCUCUAGCCCUAGGGCACAUUACCCUGAUUAAUGUUUCUUCUAAUUUCCUUUCUGCCAUGGACACAAAUUUGGAUGGAUGAUUCCCCUUCUACUUCCAUGAGCCACAGGUGUCGCCUCUUUCAUUGUUGCAUGUUCAGAGCUGCUUGACAGACACCAUUUUUGGCUGCAUCACUGUUCCAGCCUUGGGCUCCAUGACAGGAGUAUGUGCCAGGUCUGCACCACUCACUGAGGGAAAGGCUGGGAAAGUGACGCUGCCAAAGAUGGUGGCUGCUCUUUUGAGUAAGAGGGGUUGGAUUAUAGAACUAUCACUGUGACUGAAACUUUGAGACGGGACAGAAUGACUGUGAACUUGGGCUAAAGGCAAAUACUUUUAUAUGAAUUUCACCCUGUCCUUUUGGUGCUGUUAAUGCUUCCAUGUGCAUUUUUGUAUUUCUGGAUUUUUCUAAAUUUUGGUGUCUUGCAAAUGCAGGACCCACAGUGGAUGUGCAGAUUUGUUAUAAAGAAAGAACUCCUGUUUGUUGCAUUAGGUGUAACUCAUUCAGGCCAUACACAUUUGUGAAGACUACACAGAAAACCUUUCGUGGGCUUGUGGAUGUCUGAUGUUUUGUGUAAUGUUCCUGGAUGUCUUGCUCUAUUGCAGCAAAUCUGAGUUAGAAUAGCUGAUUUGUUGCUGAAAGAAGUAAUAAAAACAAGUUU